AUGCCUGACCUCAGCUUGGAUCCUCUCUUGUUCCAAAUCCCCCUUCAUCCUUGGAUCACGAAGACCGCGCCAUAUGCAUUUCUCUCUCAUGUACUGGUUCUGCUUUCACAGACAAAAUCGCGCACCCUGAUACUUAACACGUUGACGAACGCCCUUCGAGUGCUCAUAGUUCACGACUCGGACUCCAUCAUUCCGUCCAUGUAUAUGAUAUCCAAUACCUUGGCGCCACCUUACAUUCCUAUAGAGCUUGGUCUUGGUCCAGCAGUCAUCUCGAGGGCAUUACAAGCAGUCUCUGGACUAAGCGCUGCUGCUCUGCGCAAGUUGUACAACACCUAUGGCGAUCCAGGUGAUGUCGCUUUCGCAGCAAAGGCGUCUGUGCGUACCUUGGUUCCCCUUCUACCCCUUACAAUCCAAGGCGUAUACGCGUCCUUGAUCAAAAUAAGCCAAGCGAAGGGGAAAGGCGCUGCAAAGUUGCGCCAAGGCGUCGUCGAGCACUUACUUCUAUCAGCUAGAGGCGAAGAAGUCCGCUUUAUCAGUCGAACCCUAAGCAUGCACCUGCGUGUUGGGGCGGUCAGGACAACCAUGUUGACAGCACUGGCAAAGGCUGGCGUGUUGACUCGGCCGCGAGGGAGCGCUCUACCAACAGACUCACCUUACUUUGCCUCAGAAGAUCUGUUGGAUCGCAUACUCACACCUCCCGAAAAGGCGAAUAAGAAGAGCGAAAUAAUCGACAAGGCCAGGAGAGAGGUCAUCAAGAAGAUGUUAGAUGCUGAAGCCCUUCUCCGCACGACAUUCGUACAACACCCUAACUAUAACGACAUCGUGAAAGCAUUCCUCGCUGGAGGAUGGGAAUCUCUUGCACAGAAGGUGCCUCUAACCGUUGGUAUCCCAUUGCAUCCGGCUCUCGGCUCUCCGAUGCGCACACUUGAUGAAAUCUACGAGCGGAUCAAUGGAGUAACAUUUUCUGCUGAAUUCAAAUAUGACGGACAACGGGCUCAGGUUCACGCCUUUUACGAGGCGGGCCAGACCAAACCAACGAUCAAGAUUUUCAGCCGUCACCUCGAAGAUAUGACGGAAAAGUAUCCCGACAUCGUCGAGCUGGCAGUCGAUUGUCUUUCUGAGCCUGAAUUGAGUGAUCACGUAGAUAAUACCCUUGAAUCAUUCAUUCUUGAUGCUGAAAUAGUUGCAUGGGAUGCGGAGGAAAACAGUGCCCGUUCCUUCCAAGAACUGUCUAACCGUCCCCGGAAAAAUGUUCAAGUCGGAGCUAUCAAACUCGCUGUCUCACUAUUCGUCUUCGACAUAAUGUACCUGAAUGGUGAGGCCCUUUUGUCUAGAUCAUUUCGAGAACGAAGGGCUACCCUUCGUCAAAAAUUCUCCACACGGGUAAUGCCUCCAAUUCGUGGAGGAGCAAGACUUCAAUUCGUUGAAAAUGUGGACAGCGACGGCCCGGACGGAAGAGAAGCUGUUGAGACCUUCUGGGAGCAUGCCUUAGAAAGUCAAUGUGAAGGUCUUAUGAUUAAGUUGUUGGACAGCGGGGGCGCUACGGGGGAGGUCGGUCUUGACGACGUUUCACUUAGUCCAAGCAAGAAGAAAGGAGGCAGAAGAAAGCCAUUCCCUGCAACAUACGAACCAGAUAAGAGAACAUCAGCAUGGCUGAAAUUGAAAAAGGAUUAUGUCGACGGAAUCGGCGAUUCCCUUGACCUGGUGCCCGUGGGUGCAUGGCAUGGGAAUGGGAGGAAAGCCAAGUGGUGGAGCCCAAUCCUGCUUGCAGUUUGGGAUCCAAAACUAGCUCGCCUUGUAGCAAUGUGUAAAUGCAUGAGUGGCUUCACUGACGCAUUCUACACUGCAUUGGGAGAGCGAUACCCAGAGAAUUCUCCAACAUGCUCGCGAGAACCGAUUGGAAGCUAUCAUGUCGAUUAUGGAGGUGUAUCCGCACCCGCCAUAUAUUUUCUCCCUGGCGAAGUGUGGGAAAUUCGUGGAGCUGACAUAACCAUUAGCCCUGUCAGUGUCGCGGCACUGGGUGAAGUAUCUGGAACGCGUGGUCUUAGCCUUCGCUUUCCACGAUUCAUGCGAAUUAGAGGGGACAAGGCCGUUGAAGACGCUACUCAACCUUCUAUGUUGACUGAGAUUUGGUGUAGGCAAAAUGGUUCCAGACCCAAGUCGACGGUGGAUCUUGACGAAGGUGAUCUCAUAGACUUUGAAGGCGAGAAUGAUGAAUAUGACGAAGAGGACAUAUAA